AUGCUAACUAGGCUACGAACCGAGUUGAUUACCUGCCCACUGUCGGAGUGUCCACCGAUCAUAGCCCGCUUAAUGAAUUCAGUGCGCCGCCUCACUCGCGCUAUUUCAAUUACUACGGCCCCUACACCGGUGCGCCUCAGACAGCGAUACUACGUUCAAUUCACGUACCUAUCCGCCCGUGAAAGUUAUAAUAUCGUCGACGUGGGCACGUCGCCCGGCACGUCCGCACUUCAGUACAGACUUAAUUCGCAAGUCAACGAACUUCGUAUCAAGAAACAAUGCAUGACUUAA